ACACCGACUGUGACCCCGGCCUGACACCGACUGUGACCCCGGUCCCGGCGCCGGCCCCGCCAUGCUGUGCCACGGGGAGAGCCUGCUGAGCUCCCUGACGGUGCUAAUGGCGCUGGCGCUGGCGCUGAGCCGCAGCCCUGGCCUGGCCUGCCUGCUGCCGGCCGGGCUCUACCUGGCGCUGCACCUCCUGGCCCUGGAGCCCGCGGCGCCCCAGAGCGCUCAGCGCGUCCUGCGGCCCCGCGGCGCCGCCGCCCGCAUCGCGCACCGCGGCGGAGCGCACGACGCGCCCGAGAACACGCUGGCGGCCAUCCGACAGGCAGCUGAGAAUGGAGCAACGGGUGUGGAGCUGGAUCUUGAAUUUAGUGCAGAUGGUGUCCCCAUUCUCAUGCACGAUGACACAGUCGAAAGGACAACUGAUGGGGCUGGGAGACUGCGGGAUCUGACUUUUGAGGAAAUCAGGAAGCUUAAUCCAUCUGCAAAACACAGGCUACGGAGCCAAUUCCAAAAUGAAAAGGUACCAACUCUGAGAGAAGCUGUUGUGGAGUCUAUGCAUCACAAUCUUACAAUCUACUUUGAUGUCAAAGGCCAUGCAAAUCAGGCAGUUGAUGCCCUGAAACAACUCUACCAGGAAUUUCCACAAUUGUAUAACAGCAGCAUAGUUUGUUCUUUCAUGCCAGAUGUUGUUUAUAAGAUGAGACAAGCUGACAGAAAUGUUGUGACAGCACUGACACACAGGCCCUGGCAGCUGAGUCACCUGGGAGAUGGGACACCUCGAUUCAAUUCCUUCUGGAAGCAUUUCUUGUAUAUGGUGAUGGAUGUCAUUCUGGACUGGAGCCUACACAGUUUCUUGUGGCGAUUGUGUGGGGUUUCAGCUUUCCUCAUACAGAAAAAUUUUGUUUCUCAGGACUAUGUGAGGCACUGGUCUUCCAGAGGAAUUCGAGUGGUUGCCUGGACAGUGAACACAUUUGCAGAGAAAAGCUACUACGAAAGUGUCCUUGACUGCAGCUACAUCACCGACAGCUUGGUGGAGGACUGUGACCCUCACUACUGACCCAGCCCAACCACACUGCCCUCCUGGGGCAGGUCUGCAGCCAUGAGGGCAUCCAGCAGUGCUGAUGGACUGCAGAGGAGAGCUCUGGGAAGGGCAGAGCAGCAGUUGGCUUCUGCCUGUGGUCACAUCUCAAAUGCAGGAACCCUCUGGUGCAGUGGCCAAAGCUGUGGCACAGCCACACACAGUCUGAGGAAAGCACUGUAAUGUGAAAGAAUCAAAUUGACAACCCAGUUGGGUCAAACCUUGUCUGUGCAGGUUGCUUGAUAAUUCUCUGGCUAUUCCUUGGCCUUGUUUAAAUUUUGGUUCUAAAUUUAUAUUAACAGUUUUGGUGUCAAAAUUUCAAAUCGUAACUUGAUGUUAGUAAUUUUAACAGCAUGUUCUACAAGUGUGUGCUAAUUUGAGGUUGAUUUGUAGCACCUUAAAAUGAUUUACAUUACUGUACUUAAAUCAGAAACUGGGAAUAAGGGUAUAAUGGUGCCAAAAUAGAUGACUGUAUUUCCCUGCCCUGCAUGUAAAGAUGGCUGUGCUGAAUCCUGAAAGAAAAAGCCAAUGUGUGAUGUGAACGUUAUGAGAAUUAACAGAUAAAACUUGAGUAGCUUCUUAUCUUCCAGACCUUUUAAGAGAACCAAGGGAGGAUAGGAAAUUGUUUCUUCUAAUGAAGAAACAUCACAGCACAUGAAUGUAUUUAUUUUUAAGAGAAAGCUGUAUAUUGAGUGCUGAUAAACAGUAGAACAAAUGGAGCUGAAAUGUCUUUUUAGUUUGCCUUUGGUUGCAUGAUUGAAGGGCACUCAGAGGGGUAUGGAAACUGUAAUCCAGAUUUAACUUGAACUCCAAAGAGUCUGCAGUUACAAUAAACAAACCUCUGAGAAUUCAUGGGGAAGUGUUCUUUAUCACCUGUGCAGAAGGCAGUGAUGUAAAAUGUCAAAAUCA